CUUGUCAAGGCGUCUGCGCGGGCGCGUCGUGAGGCAACCGACACGGCUUGCGUGCCGCGUUCGUUCCACUCUUCACUCUCUCCGUUUGCGCGCGCCUAUCGUCGAAGGAGUGAUCGAUGCGCGUGCCGCGCGUGCGACUGGUUCCGAGAGGCCAACACGACGCUACCUUGUGAAAGUCGGUUGGCCCCGGAAGACAACGUGCCGGGCACGCGACUGCGGCCGUUUGGACAGCGGAGCGUGGGGCGGAGAGCGGCGUGACGCUGCCGCCGGGCAUCUGUGGUAGAAAGGGAAAUCGACGCUGGUGUUGGUUGCGACCGUAGCAUGAUCAUCGAAUCAUGGCAAGCCGUUGCGAUCGCCGUCAGUGGUGCCUUCUCCUUCGGAUAACGAAGGCUUCUCGGAUUAUCGCGUCCUCCCUUGUUGCACUCUUCCUCUGCGCUGCGAUCGCCGCCGAUGCAGCGUCCAGCCACGAACAACUAGGAGGAGAAGGUGACCGCGCGCCACGCAUCACGGAGCAGCCGGUGGACGUGGUGGUACGCAAGCACGAGCCGGUGACGCUGCGGUGCGGCGCCGAUGGCGACCCUCCUCCUCGAAUCGCGUGGUUCCACGACGGGAGGCCCGUGCGCGACUCUGCCACGCGCAUGGUUCUGCCCGAGGGACAGCUGUUCUUCCUGCAAGUGCAGCACAGCCGCCGGGAACAGGACACCGGACUCUACUGGUGCACGGCCACCAAUGCCUUGGGUACAACCCGCUCCCGAAACGCUAGCGUCGAACUCGCCGCGCUCCGCGACGAGUUCCGCCAGCUGCCCAAGAGCGUCCACGCGGCGGCGGGCGACUCGGCGACGCUGGAGUGCGUGCCUCCCAGGGGCCACCCCGAGCCCACGGUCACCUGGUUCAAGGACGGCGUCCAGGUGCAGCCGGGCACGGGGCGCGUCCGCCUCCUGGCCCAGGGCGCGCUCCUGAUCGCCGACGUGAGGCCCUCCGACCAGGGCCGCUACGUGUGCCGGGCGGCAAACAUGCUCGGCACCAGGGACUCGCCGCCCGCGCUGCUCUCCGUGCACACCAAGCCCUAUUUCAUCAGGGUCCCAGAAGACGUGACUGCACUCGCUGGAGAAUCUGUCGAGUUUCUGUGCAAGGUCAACGGCGACCCGAAGCCAACAGUGACAUGGCGGAGAAAGGAUGGAAAGAUGCCAAUCGGCAGGGCUUACGUUCAAGAGGACAAGUCUUUUCACAUUAAGAAUGUUGUUCCUUCGGACGAGGGUUCAUACGCAUGUGAAAUAGAAAACAUCGUAGGCUCAACCUCAGCUUCUGCAACACUUGUUGUACAUUCACGCCCAGCAUUCCGCCUCACGCCCAUGAACCAGAAAGUGGGGAUCAACGGUGUCGCAAAGUUUGACUGUCUUGCGACAGGGAACCCCCCACCCUCCGUGUUCUGGACUCGAGAAGGCAGCCAGGUGCUGAUGUUUCCGGGCAAGUCACAUGGCCGCUUCUCGGUGAGUCAAGAGGGCACGCUGACCAUCACUAGCGUACGAAGGGAAGACCGGGGCUACUACGUCUGCUCGGUGCUCUCUGCGGUGGGCUCCAGCAUGGCUAAGGGUCGCCUGGAGGUCAACGUUCUCACGGACGUGCCACCCCCUAUUAUACGCUUGGGUCCGGCCAACCAGACCCUACCAAUGCGCACCACCGCCCAGUUGCCGUGCGAAGUGGCUGGCACACCCAAGCCCACCGUGCAGUGGCUCUACAGCGCCGCUCCACUAAGCAUCAAAGAUCGACCAAGAUUCAAGCUACUUGGGUCUGGCACGUUGCAAAUUCAAGACCUCCAAUUGUCUGACAGUGGCAUGUACAAUUGUAAGGCUUCAAGUGAAAACGGUGAGACGUCUUGGACUGCGUCACUCGCGGUGGAGUCACCACAUAAUCCAAACGUGAACUUUCAUCGCUCUCCUGAGCCAUCCACGUUACCUGAUCCUCCAUCACAGCCAUUCGCGGUAAACACAACAGAAACUUCGAUAACCCUUACUUGGAGAGGCAGCGAAAAUAUCGGCGCGUCGUCGCUAAAGGGAUACACAAUUGAAUACCAUAGCAGUGAUCUUCAGAGUGGCUGGGUUCCGGCAGCUCAUCGAGUGCUUACUGAAACCUACACUAUCCAGGAUUUGCAACCCGACUCUCGAUAUAUAUUCAUCGUCCGCGCUGAGAAUUCGCACGGUGUUGGACUUCCAAGUCCUAUCUCUGAAAUUAUACGAACUCCAGGACUUGCACCACAGUUUGAGCAAGACUCUAACCUUGAUGAAGUACGAGAGAAACUUAGCACCAAUGUAGUGACCCUACAUGACAUACGCUCCGUGAGCUCAACUGCCGUCAAGCUGACUUGGAAGAUACAGGGCAGCAAAGACUUUGUGGAGGGCUUUUACAUUCGUUUUCGGGACCUCAGCGGCAGCUCGCAAACAUACAACAUUGUUACUGUUUUGAAUGGUGAAGCCCUCUCAUACGUGCUGAACGAUCUGAAGAAGUUCACAAAGUACAACAUUUUUCUGGUGCCGUUCUGCAGAAGUGUCGAAGGCCCACCGAGCAACUCGAGAACAGUUCAAACGUUGGAAGAUGUCCCAACAGCGCCGCCAGAUGGCGUGGAAGUCCAAGUUCUGAAUGGAACAACUGUCACUAUACUCUGGUCUCCACCUCCACCACAACACCGCAAUGGAAGGCUCAGGGGAUACAACGUGUAUGUGGACGGAAACUCUUCGGAUCUGCAUCUCAAUAAAAGCACAAACUCCACAACUAACAGGCUGACUUUCGACAACCUGAAGACAGGGAUUUUAUAUGAAGCACGAGUGGUUGCAGCGACAACCGCUGGCGGCGGACCAGCCAGCAGCCCCAUCCAUUUCAAGAUAGAAGGCACAUCAUCUUCAACGUCACUUUCUCGGCCUUUUGAAAAGAUUGUUACGCAGCCAUGGUUCAUUGCACUUAUCGGGUUUCUGCUCCUUGUAGCUGCAACAAGUUAUGUCCUGUUUUUAAUACGAAAACGUCGACUUGAACAAGCGAAGGCUAUUACAGCAGCCCAAGAAAUUAAGCCAGACGACAUCAGAAACUACUUCAGUUCCGUUACUGGUCGUGCUUGCCUUAGCCAUCAAGAAGCCUCGUGGAUUAACUAUAGUGCCUGGAGGCCCUCUGAGCAACCUAAGGUGGCCUUCUGUGAAACCCAGCAUCUCAACAAAAUGAACUGUGCUUCAAACGAGCACAACUAUUCCAGCGUCUAUGCAACCUUAAAUUGCGACAUGAAUGCACCUGAGUACGCAGAAGUAGACGGUCACAAUUUGACAACUUUCAACAAGAAGGACGCCCGCUCGGUCCUAGAGCCGUAUGCCACCACCACAUUGAUAAAGUCUGCGUUUCAAAAGAGCCGAAACGCUUCAAGCACAGAUGCUAGCAGCGGGCGCUCGCCGACAGAAGGGAGCAGAAAGUCUGGAAAAGCUUCAGACCUUGAAAUGAGGCACGCCAACGAAGAUGGCGUCUCAGAUCGGCUGCUGAGAGAAAACAGACUUGCUAGUCCAGAAAGCGAGUCAGGUAGCUAUACAGGAGGUGAAUAUGGGAUGCCUACGAAAAAGAGUCGUUUAAAAAUUUCACGAGGUGGAGUCUUCGCUAAGGUACCUGUGAUGAAUUGGUCAGAAAUCAUUCCUCCUCCACCAGAGAAGCCACCUAGCGAGGCGGGGUCUCGACCGAAUACUCCUGCAUCCUUCAGAGAACCAUCGCUCCAUGAUAUACACAUUAAGCAAAAAGCACAAGACUGUCGACGACAGGAGUUAUUCAGCAGCGCUCUCAUGGACUUGGGAGUGCAGUCAUCCUCGCCAUCACUAGACAGCGACCCUCCGUCCUUGGGCCUCGCAGAAGAAUCAAGAGCACAGUUGAGGAACCUCAAUGGUCAUAUUUACCAGGACGCAUAUGUAAAUAGCAUAUGUGUAGGCAACAUAGGAGUUUAUUGA